GUGACACUAGAGUGUCAGUUGAACGUUUGAACAGCGCAUGGUGCGCAAUGUCAACUGCUCUGCAGCUCAUAUAACUGACAUUCAUUAAUUGUGCGUGCACGUUGCUAAGUUUUUGAAGGUCCUGAACAUCUGCUACCAUUUACUAUGUCAGGAGAUAGCCUGAACGAAAGUUUGAUCGAGAGACUCAAACAGUUCUCAGCAAGACCAUAUGACAAUAUUGAAAUCAUUCGGUCAGUGACAGCAAGGCUUCAUAGCCAAGCAGCUUCACAGGAUAAGCUUAUACGAGGAAAGAUUCUGGAACGUCUCUGCCGUAAGAACACUGGUGUAUUGGGUCUGAUUCUUCAUCUACUAGAGACUGUGAAGGACCAACUAACAACAUGCAGCCUUGCUGGGAUACUACGCGAAUGUGUUUCUCCAAGAAUAGGAAAGAACAGAAGUCCAGUCAUCCGGCAACUAAUUGCUAUAAAUGCAUCGCAGACAUUAGUGAAAUUGCUGCUGCAAAUGCAAGUAAAGGAAUCAAAUGUUCCAGAGAUAUUGUUACAAGAGAUUUUAUGGGUUAUCUCGCAGCUUGCCCAGAGAGAUCCAAAGUUUUCCUUGAAGGCAAGGCUGUUAGGAGCUGUCAAGACAUUCCAUUAUUUAUUAAGAAUGCAUCAUAAUAACACAAGAUUAAUUUUUCCACUCCUUUUGAUUAUAAAAGCUCUCUCUAGAAACACUUACACCACAACAGUAUUACUCAAAGAUGGCAUUGUUCCUACAGUGGAGAAAACCCUUGUGACAAUGGGUUUUUCCCCAUCACCAAAACUGAAGCUAUGUCUUAGUGUGCUUCAUCAUCUUAGUAAAAACAAAUCUUGUUGUUCCCGCAUUGUGAAAACUGGUUUGAUACCAUUAUUGUUGCGCCUGGUUGAGAGAUGGGAACGUUACGAUGGAAAAAUGAGAAUCAGGAUAUGUAACCAUAUCUUGGUUAUCUUGCAAAAUAUUUGCCUAUCUAAAUUGGGCAGAAAGACUGUGAUUGGGAACAAUGGAUUGCAAAUUAUGUACAAAUUCUGUAUUACAUGUCCAGAAGAAAAGUGCUAUGAUCCACUUCUUACUCGUGUUUGCAAUGUUAUUAAUCUAUGUCUAGCAAAGAAAAAUCUUCCAGUUGAUUCUCACUCAAGCCCAGCAGUUUUCAGAUUGCCGUAUGCGAAAGAAAAUACGUCAGAAGCAAAUGGUGGAUCAUCUCGUGAAACAAGCCCUGACUCUGAAGAUGAAAGCACUGAGGAGUUUCCGGAGGAUGAUGAUGAUGGUGUGACCCAGGAAGAGAAUUUGAAGGAACUGCCAGAAAACAAAAGUUCUGAUUAUGUUCCUCGAUCAGCAUUGCGUGAAGCAGAUGAUUUGAAGCAGUAUGAAUCAUUUUUCCAAGAGCUGAAAGGGCCUUGUGUUUGCAGCAAAAUGAAAUGCAAUUCUGGAAGCAGGGAAAUAACACUUAAGAAAAGUUGUUCCUUUGAUGCAUUGAUGGGAGAAAGUGACCUAAAGAAGAAAAUCAUGGAAUUUAAUUUGACAGAAAACACUCUCCAUUUUUCAUCUGCUGCAUAUACAGGAGCUUCCCAGUCGCACAACUCGAACUGUUCUACCAGAAAUGAAAGUAAGGAUCAGUGUAUACAAGGGAAAAUUUUUCCUGUGGAUGGAGGAGGUGAAAAUAUUAGUGAAAGCAGCUCUACAUUAAUAUCACAAAAUAAUUUGAUGUUGAAAAAGGAUGUUGCUCAGACUCCAAAUGGAAGAAGUUUGGCUAGUAGCAGAGAAAUGAUAAAAGGUCUUACAGUAUUUGAAAACAUUCCUAAUUACUCUACUUUCCAUUAUGCAUAUUCUGUGAUUGCGUCAAGAGUCAACAGUGUGCUACCAUUUGUUAAAGUGGCAUAUCCUGAUAUGAUGGGUAGUGAAGGUUCAGGGAAGCUAGAGCCGUUGAAUAUAAAGGACAGAAGAACAUGUAGGAGCAAACUUUUAAACUGUGUGGAGAGAGGUCUUCAUCCAAAUCAAGUCAUGAACAAAGUUGUUUAUGAUUUGGAUAGUUGGUCUUCAGUGGAUCCAUCUCAUAGACUGAUAAACGCAAGUGAAAAGGUCCUUUUCAAUAUGGAUGAGAGACACUUGGGAAGUGGUGAACCUGAGAAACGUCACUUGAUUUUUGAGUCAAGGUUUGAAAGUGGAAACCUUAGAAAAGCUAUUCAGGUUGGUCUCCGUGAAUACGACUUGAUUCUCAUGCCUGAUGUUAACUCCAGUAAGCAUCAUCAGUGGUUCUAUUUUGAAAUAAGUGGAAUGGAAACUGAUGUUGUUUAUACAUUUAAUAUAAUAAACUGUGAGAAACAAAACAGUCAGUUCAAUUAUGGUAUGAAGCCAAUAAUGUACUCUGUACAAGAAGCUGUUGCUGGACGUUCUGGGUGGGUGCGUGUUGGCACAGACAUUUGCUACUACAGAAACAGCUACCAGAAUCCUGCUGGAAAAUACAGGACUUAUCUGACAACAACUUUUUCUCUCAAGUUCCCACAUGCAAACGAUAUCUGCUAUAUUGCAUAUCAUUUUCCUUUCACAUAUUCUCGGUUACUGGCACACAUAUGGAAGUGGUCCUGUGAAAUUGAUCCUUCCAAAAUAUACUUCAGGGCUGAAUCAUUAUGUAUGUCUCUUAACAACAAUGAAACUCCAUUGAUUACACUUUCUGCAGCAGAUUCAGAGGAAAAUCCUCUUUUGAAACGGGAAAUAAUUUUCCUGACAGCUCGUGUUCAUCCAGGUGAAAGUAAUUCUUCAUGGGUGAUGCACGGCACACUGUGUUACUUGUUGGGAGAUACAGCUGCAGCUAUAAAGUUGCGUAAUAGAUAUGUUUUCAAGAUAGUGCCAAUGCUUAAUACUGAAGGUGUCAUUAAUGGCUGCCAUCGGUGUGGCAUAACAGAUGAAGAUCUGAAUCGUCGGUGGAGUCAUCCCAGUCAGCAUUUACAUCCCAUCAUAUAUCACACCAAGGGUCUACUGGAAUACUGCACGAAGGUUUUAAAGAAGCCCCCGUACUUGUUCUGUGACUACCAUGGUCACUCACGUCGCAAGAACGUCUUUUUGUAUGGAUGCUGUAAUUCUGAAAGCUGGAAUGAAGCAGACCGAUCAGUUCCAGACAAUCCAGUUGACUACCUCAUGCUCCCAAAUUUAAUGAAAGACUUGUCACCUGCAUUUGCUCUGUCAUUGUGCAGUUUUGCUGUUGAGAGGAACAGAGAAUCAACUGCAAGGGUUACUGUCUGGAGGCAAUUGGGCAUUAAACGCAGUUACACAAUGGAAAGUAGCUACUGUGGUUGUGAUCAAGGAACAUAUAUGGGUUAUCACCUUGACAUUCUUCACCUAAAAGAAAUUGGUGCCAACUUUUGUGAGGCAUUGGCUUGCUUGAAAGAAGAAUCACAGUGGCAGACAGAACUCCUUGAAACUAAUAAGCAAGGUGGCAGCAGUACCUGUAAGAUUACCCCUCAUAGCCCCCAUUCUAUAACCAACUCCCCAGAAACAAGAAACACACAAGAAAGUUUGAAGGUGUGAAAUACUUUCGCCUGGAAGCCAAGAAGAUGCAGCUAGUGAUUCUCCAGACCAUAGUGACAGUAGUGAAUUUGAUGAUGAAGAAUAUCAUAGCUAGGUGCCUGAUUGCAGCUAUCAAAACAUGUGAAUGUUUGGUUUUUAUAUAUUAACUAAUAUGUACCUUGUCAGUGUGUUCAAAAAUUAUUUGUCUUUUGUAUAGUGUUUCAAUGGGAUGUGCAAAUGUAUAAAUCCUUCGAUUGUUCAGUGCAUUUCAAAAAGAAUAGCUUGUGGGAAUACUUGUGUAGUGAAAUAUUGUUUUUGUUUGUUGUUGUUGCACUUCUGAUACCUCGUCCACUAAUAUCUCUGUUAUAGAUGAAGUAGUUCAAUAUUUCCAUUUUAUGCUUCCAAGGAAUAAAACAA